AUGUCGUCGGACAACUCCUCUAGUCUCGCCUCUACGUUGCAAAAGUCACCAGCACCCACAACACCGUUGCAUUUCGAUGCUCUAAUUAAGGUCGAAUAUGUUGGCAAACCUAACAACUCCCUCAAAUCGGGAGUCCAGCGUCGAAAGCAGUUUUCCUGUACGAGAUGUAAUUCCUGGACAACAUCUCAUCGAACAAACGCUGUCAAACAUGUUCUCUCUCUCCAUUCGCUCUCUGGAGGAUCUUCUCCAUCCCCCGUGUCAACACCAACGUCACAGCGAGAUAUCUCGUCUAUGUUUACCCCUAUCAUUUCUCAGAAUGGUCUACGUAACAGCUUCAAUCAACAAGCCUAUCGAGAGGCUAUUAUUGGCCUGCUUACCCGUCGUCGGAUGCCGUUCUCAGCCGUUGAAUGGAAUGAGAUGAAGGAUCUUGCUCUGGCCUGCAACCCCGCUAUUGAAGAUCUUCUCAUUACUUCCCGCCGUACUGCUGUCCGCUACAUUGCAUCGAACUAUAAGCUUUAUAAGGGACAGAUAAAGGAAGGACUCGCUACCAGCAUUAGUCCUAUACAUAUAUCUUCAGACUUAUGGACGUCUCCGCAUCGACACUCUCUUCUUGCUAUCUGCGCCCAGUGGGUGGACCGUGAGGGACGGCUACAAAGAGCUCUGCUAGGAUUACCUGCAUGUCGUUACUCCCACAGUGGUGAGAAACAGGCUAACCUAAUCCUCCAAGUUAUUGAAGAGUUCAGCAUUCAGUCUAACCUGGGAUGGCACACUGGUGAUAAUGCCACUUCAAACAAUACUUGCCUCGAGGUGAUGGAAUCACGCCUGCUCUCUGAGCACCAUGUUCGAUUCAAUGCUAAACAACGUCGCAUUCGAUGUAUUGCCCACACCAUUAAUCUGUCCCUUCGGGCAUUCCUGCUGGCAUCUUCACGUGAGGCACUUCUGGCCGCACUAAAAGCCACGACUGAUGCCACCGGGGAAGAGCUAAUCAAACAAUUUUCUGAUGUCCUUGACGCCCAACAACAGAAACGGCGUGAAGAGUGUAUGCAAUGGGAAGGAUCCCAGGGAAGUCAAUCAAGGAAGAGGCAUGCUCAUCGCCGAGAUAGCCAGGGUAGCCAGGGUAGCCAGGGUAGCCAGGGUUCUGUAGGUGAUGAGUACUCCGGCAUCCAGGGUGUGCCUACCUUGCGCAAGCUGCAUGAACUAGCCGUCUGGCUUCGCAGUUCAUCCCUACAUGCGGAUAUCUGGGAUGAUAACGUUGGCCUUAGGCUCGGUAUUGACAAUCGAACUCGGUGGUCUUCUUGGUAUAUGGUUAUUGAUAGGGCCAUCGCGAAGCAAUCGGAAAUCAAAGCUUUUAUGACUGACCACGAAGCAGCUCUUGGUAGUAUCCGUCUUACAGCCCAGGAUUGGGAUUAUCUUGAUAAAGCCCGUACAUUUCUGCAACCAUUUGCUUCGGCCACACUUUAUGCAGAAGGCGACAAGUCAUCUAUUUCACAGUCGCUACCUCUAAUGGACGCCCUUCUUGCCCAUUAUGAGAGGAACAAAGCCCAUUAUUCCCAGGAAGACCACCACGACCCCCGAAUGGUUCGUGCUAUUGAGAUGGGCUGGUUUGUCCUCGAUAAAUACUAUAAUAUGACUGAGGAGGCACCUGUCUAUGCUGCGGCCCUUCUUCUCGACCCUUCUCGGAGAGCAGCACAUAUUCGGAAGAAUUGGCCGGCUACAUGGGUUGAACCCGCUAUUGAAUCUGCUAAUGCACUGUGGCAGGAGAGUUUCAGCACAAGGUGUGUCGCUGAUGAUCAGCGCAACCUGUUUUCAAUAACGCCGCCAUCGGUGCCUUCCAGGAAGCGUGGCUCUGAGCUGCACCUCCUUAUGAGGGAUAUGGAAGUUAUCACUGCAGAUGUGUGGGAUGGCGAUGACUUCAGGACUUUCAUUGAACUGCCUCCCUUCCGCAUUGAUUGUAGUCCUCUCGAGUGGUGGUCUCGCAGUGAGCAAAAAUCGCGUUACCCACGGCUCCACAAGAUGGCAACGGCUAUUUUGUCCAUUCCAGCAGAGUCAUCAGAGCCUGAAAGGGUAUUUUCUGGAUCUAGAAGAACUUGUUCAUGGGAUAGGCUGAGUUUAUCAUGUCUUAAUAUUCAGAGAAUUGGAUGCAUUGGUAGCUGGAUACGAGAGGGCCAUAUCCGGCUUUCCAAUCUCAACGGCAUGGGCCUCCCUAUGGAGGCAACCACGAUGGAUGAAGAUGAAGAGCUUGAUGACGAGAUCGUAAAUGAAAUGCAAUGGAUUUAA